UGAACAAAAAGUUUCUAAAGCAAGUUGUAAAGCGGCACAAUCAGAUACGUACAAUGCAUGGGGUAGGAAAAGUCAGGGGGAAUAAGAAGAUCUCAAGGUUUGCUCAACAAUGGGCAAACUAUCUGAAUGAUAAUUCAAAGUUUGGACAUAGACCCAAGGCGUCUCAGAAAUAUGGAGAAAAUCUCUCCUGGAUGUCCGGAAAUGUUAAUGGAGCUGAUCACGUGAACAACUUAUACACAGCAGAAGAACAGUUUUAUCGAGAUUAUAACUACUAUGGGAUAGAGCCCCCUAUGGUAAACUUCACGCAUUACGGUCAUUUUACACAGAUUGUCUGGAAAGGUUCUAAAAAGAUCGGUGUAGGAGUAGCCGGACCAGUUGUUGUCAUCAACUAUGACCCCGCCGGUAACUACAUUGGCCAGUUCAAAGAUAACGUGUUUGAUAAACCGUAAUCGUCAAAAUAUCUGUCUUUUAUGAUAAUUCAAGUGAAGUAAAUAAAUUUCCUG